CUAAAUUGAUGAUAGAACUCAGGGACAUUUCAAUUAACUUAAUUUGCAUAGAACGAUGCUAACGCAAUCGUUCAAAUAUUGAAUUUUUACAUUGAGUCAAAUCGAGUAUAAUUUUUAUAUCAAUCUUUCAUCGCUUUGCAGCGCAAGACAGAUGACGAAAAGUAAAUAUGUUCUUUGGAGCCAUGAGCGUUUUUGACGGGAAAAAAUAGGCACAUUCAUUAUGACACAAACAUCUUGAAAUGCAAUUCACUUGUUAUUGUGUGUUAUUGUGUUACUAAUUGACAUUUAAUAUAAUAUAAUCCUAAUAAAUUAAGUGAUAAAAAGAAAAUAAAUUUUAAUAAAUUUUCGUGAUUGAAUUACACGAUACAGUUUCUCCACUUCUUUUGAGGUUAUAUUCCUUGGUGCUAUUAACAACUUAAUAUUUACAUAACAAAUAACUAAAAUUCAAAACAUUAUUAGCAUCAUAGUUUAAAUUGUUAUAAAUUGAAUUCAGCAGAGGAAUAAAUAAAAUGAAAUAUAUGAAAAAAAUGUAAUAUUUUAUUUAAAAUCAUACUUCAAAAUGAUCAAACUAAUAUAAUUAUGUCAAAAAAGAAAAGAGAUCAUGGUUGGGGAGAAGAUGGCUUUGAAGAAUGGGGCGGUUACAUGGCUGCGAAGAAAGCCAAGUUAGAAGAACAAUUUCGUGAUACUGCAAGCAAAGAAUUUAAGCAAUCGUCGAAACUAUUUGAAGGAAUUGCAAUAUUCGUGAAUGGCUAUACAGAUCCACCAUCAGAUGAACUUAGACGUCUAAUGAUGAUGCAUGGAGGAAUAUAUCAUCAUUAUAUGCGUCCUAAAAUCACAACUCACAUUAUAGCAUCUAAUCUACCAUAUUCUAAAAUAGUGAUGUACAGAAAGACUCAAAAUCCAAUUCCUAUCUGCAAACCGCAGUGGAUUAUCGAUAGCAUAACAGCUGGAAAGAUCUUGAAUUUUCAAAACUAUUUGCUUUAUUCUAACAGCACUAAUGUACAGCCCCAAUUGAUAUAUAAAUUAAAUAAUCAGGAUAAAUCUAAUACUGAUUUGAUUAUGCAUGAUAAUCAAGAUACUGACAAAUCAACUUCAGCGAGCAACGAAGCUAAUAUGAAUAUUGAAAAUUCAUCAAAACAAAAUGAGUUUAACAGUAUAUUAAAACAAGACACAAUCAGUUCUCGUCAAAUUCCAAAUACAAAAAUGAAUGCACAGUCGACAAAGGAUGCUGAAUUUCUAUCAACAUUUUACAAUAAUUCGAGACUGCAUUAUAUUUCUACUAUGGGAACCACUUUUAAAGAUUAUGUCAACGACUUGAGGAACAAAAGCAACGGGGUAUUUUCUGGUCUUGAGCGUUUAAUAAAACUAAAAAGUACCAAGAGUAUUUCAGUUGAUUACGAAUCGGGUUCGGAAGAUGAGACAGUUUAUUUUACAGAUAAAAUUGUAAAUAAAAUGAACCUUAAGCAAGAAUCUAUUAUAAUGCAUAUUGACAUGGAUUGUUUUUUCGUAUCUGUGGGAAUCAGAAAUAGACCGGAAUUGCAAGGCCUGCCAGUGGCGGUAACGCACGCAAAAGGCAAUACGUUUUCGACAAAUUACGACGGUAAGGAAGAGUUCGGAUCAAUGUCAGAAGUAGCUUCGUGUUCGUAUGCAGCGAGAAAGGCUGGCAUAAAGAAUGGCAUGUUUCUGGGAGAGGCAUUAAAACUGUGUCCAGGCUUAAAGACAAUUCAGUAUGAUUUUGAGGGUUACAAGGAAGUUUCAUACAUAUUGUAUGACACAGUGGCAUCUUAUACCUUAGAUAUCGAAGCAGUAAGCUGCGACGAAAUGUAUGUAGAUUGCACAAAAAUUCUUCGAGUAUCCGGACUCACACCGUUGGAGUUUGCCACUAUAAUUAGAAAUGAAAUAAAACAGAAAACGGAUUGCCCAGUAUCUACAGGAUUCGGCAACAACAAGUUGCAGGCGAGAUUGGCAACGCGAAAAGCUAAACCGGAUAAUCAAUUUUAUCUAAGCAGUAAAAAUGCAGAAAUAUAUAUUCGAACUUUUAAUAUAAAAGAUUUACCAGGAGUUGGUGGAACAACGACGUACAAAUUACAUAAAAUGAAUGUAUAUACAUGCGAGGAUUUGCAAAAAAUUGCGUUGGGAGUUUUGCAAAAAGAGUUUGGCAAGAAGAUGGGAGAACAGUUGUAUAAGAUGUGCCGUGGUUUAGAUGAUACAAAGUUGAAUCUGGAAUACGUCAGAAAAUCUGUGUCAGCUGAAGUUAAUUACGGCAUAAGAUUUCGAAAUAAUGGCGAUGCUAUCGAUUUUUUAAGUGAAUUAUCCGCGGAGGUAUGCAAUCGAUUGACAACGGCUCGUGCAAAAGGCAGAUGCAUCACACUGAAACUGAUGAUUAGAGCCGAGGAAGCACCGAAAGAAGCACCGAAAUUUAUGGGUCACGGUCUUUGCAAUUAUGUAACUAAAUCAAAAAAUCUUAUAACGGCUGUUGAUGACAUCAAUAUCAUUAAAAGGGAAGUUAUAAACAUUUGGAAUCAGUUACAUUUAACACCUGAAGAUAUGAGAGGAAUUGGAAUACAAAUAUCCAGACUAGAAAUAUGCAAAGCUAAACAGACUAAAAAUAACUUAGUUAAUUUCUUUAAUAAAACGAAAAAGUCGGAACAAGUCAUAACAACGUGUGAUAAAAUAUUAGAAGAUAUCGAUAAAGAUCGAUGUGUCCCAAAUUUUAAUAAAAAAUCUAAACCGGACUACUCUGAAAUACUUUUGGUUACAGAAUCAUCGAUGGCAAUAAAAAAUAUUUGUGAUACAGAAAUUAGUGAUUUGUCGCUGGAAUCGGCAAAAUCUUCAGAAUCUACCGGUGUAAUAAUUCCAGUCAAUGUUCAAGUUGAAUCGUCAAUGAUUACAACUCAAACAAAAAAUAGAAAGCUAUAUGAUCCUAAGGCAUAUAAAAGUAUUACCAAAGCAAAGGAUGUACUUAUGAAAUCGAAUAAUAAAAAAAUAAUACAGAAACAGACAUCUCAAGAGAACUUUUUUAGACAUGUAAAACCAAAUAGCGGACGAUUAUCGAAAUAUGAGAUGCCUCCAAUACAAGAUAUCGAUAUGUCCGUAUUAAUCGAAUUACCCGCAGAUAUAAGAAAUGAAAUACUUGACGAAUAUAAAGAAAAUAAAAAAUCUCAAGUUAUAAUGAAUACCGCAAGUACAACUGAUCUCAUAAAUGACGGUUCGCACGACGAAGCAAACAUACAGAAUUGUUCGCAAGUUGAUCCGGACGUUUUAUCAGCUUUAAUGGAAAGUGACUUACAUCCCGAUGUGCAACGCGAUGUGCAAAUGUAUUGUGAUAUGAAAAAAGAAGCAAAUAGAACGAAUUUCAAAGAAACAAACGAAAAGAGCAAACAAUUGCAAGAAGCAGCUACGUCUUCGAAAAUUAAUAAUACAGAGAAUGUGAAACUUAUUGUAGAUAAUAUUUGUAUAGAUGAUGCUGGACAUACACUACAAGGGAACACAGCAUUGCAUGCAGGGAACCAAAAGUCCGACAAGGACGAUGCCAUCAAAAUGAAAUCUAUAUCAUGUCAAACUAAUCGUACCGAGAUAUCACAUAAUAACGCUGCAAUGGAUAAAGCCGAUACCUUUAUUUUACAGAAUUUAAAUAUUUUACAUAACAAUGAGAACGUAGAUAAACAUCAGGAAAUGUUGAUUAAUCUCGUGAAUCAUCUCUUCACUCUUCCAUUACAACAGGUAAAGAUACAAAUACAAACAUGGGUUACCAAAUCUAACAUCGUGAACGAAGUAGAUUUCUUGUCACUUGCAACGUUUCUUAGCAUGCUUCCAGAAAAGAAACGCAUCGAAGAUUUGCACGUCUUGUUAAAAACAAUGUACAGAUGUACAACUAAAACUGGAAACUGCAUUUGGCAUAGAACAUACAGGAGAACCGUGAAACAUGUUCAACGUUAUAUGCAGAUUGAGUACAACAACAAUUUAAUGGUACCGUUGAUCAGAUGCAAUGAUCCAAAAUGUAACAACGACAAUUGAAUACGAAAUCUCGUGAAUUUAAUAAAUUAAAUCUUCUACUAUAAUGAAUGUGUAAUAUAAGAAAAUCUAUUUACAAGUAAAUGUGAUGCCUUUAAUUCCA